AUGGAAUCUGUAGACCAUAAGGUAGAGUCUCUACUUAGCGUUGUAUCUCUCUCAGUUCCACCUUUUUGGGACAUGGAUCCUGUUUUGUGGUUCGCUCUUCUUGAGGCUGAGUUUUAUAACCACAGAAUCACUUCCGACUACGCGAAGUAUUGCAAGCUCCUGUCCUAUCUCCCCAAGGAGAUAUCAAUGCAGGUUCGUGACGUUAUCAUUUCUCAGACCGAAAACCGCUAUGAGGCUCUCAAGGAGGCCACGAUCAAGCGUGUUAUGCCCUCUGAGAAAGUUCGCCUGCAGCAGCUUUUCAGGGAUCUGCAACUGGGCGACAAACUGCCCUCAACCCUGCUACGGGAGAUGCAGCAACUCCUUGGUUCCUCAACCAUGGAUGAGACUUUACUUCGCGAACUAUGGCUACAACGGCUACCGGAAAACACGCAAGCGAUUCUCGCUACAGUGAGCUCCGUUUCGCUCACUCAACUAGCAGACUUAGCGGAUCGAGUUAUUGAACGAGCACAGCCACAAGCCGACGCCAGCAAGAUCAAUGCCGUCGCGUCCCAGGGCACUUCUAUCACUG